UUGAGCUAUUUUUAGCGCAUACCGGUUCAACAUAUCAUCAGGUACGAUAACUGUGCAUGCCUGUCAGCAACCUAGUAGAACUGUGUCGUCGACAAGCUCGGAAUAUCAGGCGUCAAGAUGGGAAGCCAAGUGGACCCUGCCUUUCGCGUGGUUACGCCAAACAGAUCUGGCUUCUUUGUAUGGAGAAUUGAGGACAUGAAGCCAGUCCAGGUGCCCAAGGACAGGAUCGGUCAGUUUUACAAGGGAGACUCGUAUAUCAUUCUGAGCAUGAAAGAGGUGAAGGGGCAAAGGUUGGAGCAGAAUAUCCACUUCUGGCUUGGCAGCAAGACGUCACAGGACUGGCCGGGGGCUGCAGCAUACAAGACUGUAGAGCUGGACGACUUCCUGGGAGGGGCACCUGUUCAGCAUCGUGAGGUGGAGGGCAAGGAGUCAGAACUCUUCCUCAGCUACUUCGCCAAAGGACUCAAGACUAUUGAGGGAGGUCACAAGUCGGGCUUCAAUCAUGUAGACAACACAUUCCAGAUCCGCUUGUACCAAGUAAAGGGCAAGAGGAACCCACGCAUCUCACAGGUUGAUAUGAGCUGGGGGAGCAUGAACCAUGGCGACGCCUACAUCCUUGACCUUGGUAAAGUCCUCUUUGUGUGGGUGGGCAAUGACAGCUCCAGAAAAGAAAACUUCAAGGCCCUGGAACAUGCCCGGUCACUUCGAGAUGAGCGUCCAGGAGGUAUUGUUGUAACUGUUGACGAUGGAGAAGAAGAGAAGAUGACAGCUGAUGAGAAAAAACUGUUUGAGCAACAUCUUCCCCUGAAUGAGAAGUCACAGGUCAAGACCACAGAGUCUGUUGCUGCCGAUAAUGUGUUUGAAAGGAAGAGUGCUGAAAAUAUGAAAUUAUUCUCGUGUCGAGAAGAAGAUGGGAACCUGACCAUCAAGGAAGUGAAGACUGGGCCGCUGUCUCGUAAGGACAUGACAUCAGAUGAUUCCUUCAUCAUUGACUGUGGGCCAGAGCACAUCUGGGUGUGGAUCGGUAAACAGGCAACCAAGUCCGAGAGAUCUGAGGCUAUGAGGAAUGCAGUGGGUUUCAUUCAGAAGAAGGGCUACCCAACAGACACAUCAGUGACACGAGUCGUUGAUGGUGGAGAGCCUUCAGACUUCAAGUGUCUCUUCCCUGAUUGGCCACAACCCCCACCUCCAGGAAAAGUCUACUCAAGAAGCAGAAUAGCUAAGACGGUCCAGACCAAGUUUGAUGCAUCAACUCUGCACAACAACACAGCCCUUGCUGCUGAGAGUCAAAUGUUUGAUGAUGGAACCGGGAAGGCCGAGGUGUGGCAGGUGCAGGACUUCGACCUGGUAGAGGUUGACAAGAACACCUACGGGGACUUCUAUGCAGGUGACAGCUACAUCGUCAAGUACACAUAUAAAGUGAAUGGCCGCGAGCACUACCUCAUCUACUACUGGCAGGGAAGCAAGUCUACAGCUGAUGAGAGGGGGACGUCGGCACUGAAGGCUGUGGAGAUGGAUGACGCCCUCGGAGGUGCCGCAACACAGAUCCGAGUUGUCCAAAAUAAGGAACCUCCGCACUUCAUGGCCAUGUUUGGUGGCAAGAUGGUCAUCUUCAGUGGUGGCAAAGCGGGCUGGCAGAAGGGGGACAAGGAUCUGGGCCCAGGGGACAAGUACAUGCUCCAGGUUCGGGGAACAUCGGAACUGAACUGCAAGGCUGUUCAGGUGGACCUCUCCGCAACAUCGCUCAACUCCAACGAUGUGUUUGUGGUGUUAACCAAGUCAACAGUCUGCAUCUGGGCAGGAAAGGGUAGCACUGGAGACGAGCGUGAGUACGGAAAGAAUAUAGCUUCCAGAUCACCAAGAACUCAUGAGAUGGUGUUUGAAGGACAGGAAAAGGAAUCUUUCUGGAAUAUUUUAGGUGGCAAACAGCCCUACGCUAGUGACAAACGGUUACAGGAUGAUGAGUCAGCCCACCCUCCUCGCCUGUACCAGAUUUCCAAUGCAUCUGGCAGAAUUAGAGCAGAACAGAUCCAGGACUUUGUUCAGGAUGACCUUGUGCCUGAGGAUGUGAUGCUGUUGGAUGUGUGGGAUUCCCUGUAUCUCUGGGUCGGAUCUGGAUCUAACAAGAAAGAGAAGGAUUCAGCAGAAACAGUUGCUCUGGAAUACUUGAGCACAGACCCAGCAGGGAGGGACAAGGACACGCCCAUCAUCAAGGUCAAGCAGGGUCUCGAGCCACCAACAUUCACCGGCUUCUUUGGGGUCUGGGACAGAGAUCUCUGGAGCAAAGGCAAGACGUAUGAGGAACUGAAGCAAGAGUUGGGAGCACAGGCUGUGCAAGGUUCGCUAGUCCAGGAGGCUAUGAACGGCAAUGACCAGGACUUCAACGAGGUUCCCAAGUACACCUACUCACAACUCAUAGUGGCAACAGAUGAACUACCCAGUGGGGUCAACCCAGAAAACAGAGAGAUUCAUUUAACUCCUGACGAGUUCAAGCAGAUCUUCAAAUGUAGUUACUGAAGAUUUUAGUAAAAAGCCAGCAUGGAAACAACAACACAUUAAAAAAGGCCUACAGCUGUUCUAGACAGGAUGACCUCCAAGUUUCAAAUAAUGCAUAACACAUGCUAUAUGUUCUCAGAACAUUCAUUACCUUUCACCCUUACCUGGCUGAAUGGAAAACUCCUUGGUUAUUUCAGGAAUAGUUCAUUUGAGAAAAGGAGUGUUAGAUGAAUUGAACGAAGUAGUAUUACCAUAUAUCUUUCAUGAAUUGUAUUUAUACAGUUAUAUAUGCAUAUGGAGCAACUUUCUGUUCAGCAGAUUCAAAUCAACAGUGAAUGAAAUAAUGGUGUUUAUGAUUGGCUGAAAUAACCAAUCGGGACCUAUCACUGCCAGGUGCACUCUGAUUGGUUGUUUAUUUUUUGUAGAUACAGAGGUAGAAAAGAUUUGUAUACUAUUUACAGACUGACAUUCAGUUAACAAGACCACAUAUUCUAAUAUACAGAAUUCAGCUGUAUCUACUUUUAGUUUUACACAUCCAUGUUUACUUUGUCAAUAUUAUAAUUGUGUGCAAUCUACACCUAGUAUUUACUGCUGAAAUAUAUUACGAGUUGGAUACAAGUUUCUGGCUAAAUUCUGUCUCAUGGAAACCUUCAAAUAAUGUUACCACUGUGUACUGUUUUGAGAGUUUCUGGGUAAGUUUUAUAUUUUAGCCAAUGCAUUUCUGUACCCAUGAAAUAAAUUCUUUUGUAAGUAUAAUUUUCUCCUCCAUAAGUAGAUGUGGAUAUUGUUUAUUUCUAUUUACUGAUAUCAUUCCAACCUGCUGAAUUCAUUCCAAAUAUUGCUGAAUUUUAUCACUUUUCACCAGUUUAAAAAUAUUAUCAGUUCUGUGAAAGCCUGAUAUUUUGUUUUACCUCAUUCUUGUUGUUUUGAUACAUAAUGUUUUGUGUUGGACAUUAUUCAAAAAUAUUAAGUCCUCACUUAUUAACUUGCUCACAGUUUUAUAUUUUGAUUUGUUACCAGUUUUGCUCAAUGGACACAGUGCAGAACAAUCCUACGAAUGUAUGCAAAGUUUAUGAAGAGUAAUUUAUUACCCUUAACGUCACAAUUUCAACAUUUGGUUUUCAGGCAGUGAUGCUUAAACAUAAUGAGAAACAUGGCCAGUGUAAAGUUACUUUUUGUGUAAUUUUUAGUGUGAGAAGAAUUUGGACAUGAAUCAGUACAGCUUGAAGUGAGAUUCUUUUGCCUGGAAACCAAGUGUGUCAUUAUUUAGCUUGAGAGAACAUAACCUGGUAUAAUCAUUAUCCGUUUCUAAAUUUCUUAUGUACAUCAUGAUAUAUUUACCUAAGUUCUGGGUGAUAUUACUUCAUUUAUAAAUUAUUUAUCUUAUUUUGUCAACAACACUACAACAUGGCUAUUUUGGUGUCGUUCUGAGACUGCUGAUCAUUGCUUUUGUUUACACUGUUAAAGCAUCUAAUUGUUAUAGGAUUUUAAACAAAAUAACACUCAGAUUUUUGUUAGUGCAGCAAUAUGUACUGGGUGUUUGUGUCGUAAUGUUAAGAUUACAAAUGACUGUUAUCACCAUCUAAUUAUUGAUGUUUCACUUCAUGAAGUUUCAGAGAUUUUCUCUUCAAAUAUUUGGUUUAUACAUAUAUUUUUACACUCUUCAUAUGUAUCUUUUUUAAAUCUGUCAAGUUUUCAUCAAUUGGAAGUGUUGUGAGACAAGAGG